GCGAUUGCCCCGUCACAUCCCGGAAGAUUCCUAGCCGAGGAGGUGUCCCGGCAGAAGGCUGCACACAUAUACUUAACUUCGUGCUACUUAGCAAUCAUGGCCGGCUACGACACUAACCCGUUCGCGGACCCUGUGGACGUUAACCCAUUCCAGGACCCUGCUGUAACACAGAUCACCACCACCACCCAUAGCAACCUGGAGGAAUUUAACCCUUUUACAGAAAGUUCACGCCUGACAAAUCCUAACCAGAAAACAAUCCCAGUACAAGAAGUCGCACCAUCCCAGCCAGCUGUUCUACAGCCAUCAGUAGAACCAACACCGCAGGCUGUGGCAAUGGCAGCGCAAGCUGGCCUUCUACGACAGCAAGAGGAGUUGGACAGGAAGGCAGCUGAAUUGGACAGGAAGGAGCAGGAAUUAAGGAACGUGAACAUUGAUUUGAGACAAAAUAACUGGCCUCCCCUUCCUGCGUUUUGUCCCAUCAAACCUUGCUUCUAUCAGGAUUUCUCUGCCGACAUCCCUGCGGAUUACCAGCGUAUAUGCAAAAUGCUCUACUACCUUUGGAUGUUACAUGCCGUCACUCUUCUCCUGAAUCUGCUGGCCUGUCUGGCUUACUUCAUUGGUAACAGUGGGGGCUCUGGAGGUGUCGAUUUUGGCUUGUCCAUCCUGUGGUUCAUAUUGUUUACUCCAUGUGCCUUUGUCUGUUGGUACCGGCCAAUCUACAAAGCCUUCAGGUCUGACAGCUCUUUCAGCUUCUUCUUGUUCUUCAUUGUCUUCUUCUGCCAGAUUGUUAUUUAUAUCAUCCAGUCUGUGGGAAUCCCAGGAUGGGGAGACAGUGGCUGGAUAAUGGCGCUCACCAUGUUGCAUAACAUCCCUGUUGCUAUCAUAAUGAUGGUAGUGGCUUCAUUCUUCACAGUCUCCAGUGUGUUGUCUCUCUUCCUGCUUAAGAAGGUUCACUCAUUGUAUCGCAGGACGGGUGCCAGCUUCCAGAGAGCGCAGGAAGAGUUUUCACAAGGCAUCCUUUCCAACCGCGGCGUCCAAAAUGCAGCCACAGGGGCUGCUACUGCUGCAGCCAGAGGAGCUUUUCAAUCAAACUGAGUCUUCUGCAUCUUAUCUAGAAUCCACCAUUCGAGCCCAACCAGUAAAGACGCUGGUUCUCCUGCUUAAUACAAACAUAUAAUGCCUCUCGUGGUGGAUCUCGGCACUCCAGCAAGAAACAAGAGACUGUACAUAAUUCUCUCUCACUAUAUAUAUAUAUGUACAUAUAUAUUCAAAAAGAUGAAUCAAUCCUUGAUCCUUUUAAUGGUUUUCUUAUGCUGUAGGGAUGAAAAAACAAAUCUGUUUGUACAUCAUAUUAUGUUGGUAUUUACCCCACUUCUUGGAUGUUUUAUGGUGGGAACUAAUGAGAAAAGGUGGAUGAUUAGAGGUUUUUGUCAUAUUAAAAUGAAUUGCUAUAUUUUGGAAGCCCCAGGAUGGAUCAGUGAAUCCUUCUUCUGUCUGCUUGUAAUGCAGUUCAUUUGAUUGGUCUGUUGCUGUGUACAGAACAUUUUGAAUAUAUACUGAACUUGUAACAUAUGUAGAUUUCCUCUUCCCCUCUUGUAAAUGUAUUUUCAGUGUCCGGUGAGCCACAGCAACCAUUUUAAUUCCACUGUCUUUUCUUCAUGAAUGCUUACAGCACAAGUACAAGCUGUCUAAUAAUCCCUGCUGGCAAUUCAUUGGAAUAGUGUGUGUGUAAUUCGGCUAAGACUUUGACUGUAAGAGGCAAAAUUUUUGUCCUGAUUUGCCCUUUUAAUUGCAUAAUUUUAUGCAAUUUCAAUGGACAGAAUUGAUCAAUGUAGACAAUAAAACAGGGUGUAAAUUCAUGCAAGCAUCAGCCCCCUUCACUUGGGGGUGUUAGAGAAAAGUGAGAGAAGGUGGCGAAAAAAAGUGACUGAUAUUUAAAUGCACCAGCAUUUUAUGAUAAUUUUUAACCUAACAGGGCAUAUUGAGCUGAAAUCUAAAUAAAUGUCUUUUCUAUAAUACGGCUAAAGUUUGUAGAGUAGUCAUUCAUUGUUUUGGGACUGUUUGAUGAACUCUAAGAGCCAUCCUAGUUAGGUUGUCCAAUUAAAAUGUAAUGACACCAACAAAAGCGUUAUUUUUCAGGAUCGUGUUGGAUCGCGCACGUUGUGUGUGCCAACAAGGAAGCAGGUCAUGGUGUACACACUGGUGAACAUCCUUGUUGUAUUUGACACCCUGGUGCCCCUAUGUAGAAUGCAAAUUAAAAUACAAAAUAAAAAAGCUUUCUGAUAACUGACCAAA